AUGGUACAGAUACGUCGUACAUUUAUUGAAGGUAAUAGGUUACUAAAAAACCCCAGGAAAGUAGGUACCUUAAGAGCCUACCUCACUGCCCUGCAAACGUUUUACAAUUUCUUGUUAACCCGCGCCUCAAGUCUUGCAAAUGAAUUUGGAUUUCACGAAACAGAUUUUAAGUUGGUUAAAGAAUUUCAAGGGAGGGUGUCCAACUGGAUGAAAUCUUUCACAGAAGAGAUCGCGAAUAGGAAAACUGAAGUUCAUCGUGAAGAUUUUAGUUUACUUUUGACAAGCACCCAAAUUUGGAACUUAUUCAAUUCGCCUGAACAUGAAAAAUACGAGAAUCGAUUUGAAGAACUAGAUGAUCCCGGCACAGAGUUUGUUGAACUCCGAGAUUAUUUGAUGACAAUGUUAUUGGUACAGAGCGCUCAACGACCUGGUGCCGUUUGCAAUUUGACCAUUGACGAGUUUAACGCUGGAGAAUGGGAUGAUAGCACAGGGGUUAAACAGUUUGUCACUUUAACAAAGCGCCAUAAGACAGCAGGUACGGUGAAUUUCGUGAAAUAUGAAUGAUUGUUUUUUGGUAUUCUGCAUACAGAAAAUCAUGUUUUAAAGUACUAUUUUAUACGAAAUGGUACAUGUAUGCAUAAUUGAACAUGUGCAGGGUGUUAAUGUGAUAGCCCAGUUCUCUUUCAACUUUAUAAUACAAAAUCUAUUUUUGACAAUCCGUUUUAGGUACAGGACCAGCAAGCCUAUCCUGGGAUAACCGUACCUACAAAUGCGCUCGGAUUUACUUAGAGAAGCUCCGACCAACCGUAGCCAAUCACCAUUCCUUUUUACAGCGAAAGAACAAGAAGGAGCCACUUUUCUUUUUGACAACAAAUGGAAAUCCUAUCCCUUCGUCCCAAAUUUCCAACAGAAUCACGAAAGUUGCAAAAUUACUGGAUCCAUCUAUUCAGGGAAAUGUUACUGGGAAGCGAAUCAGGAAAUCAGCAGUGUCUCGUCAUCGGCAGCUUGCUGAUUCUGGCGGUUCGAGUGGACUAUCAAAAGACGAGCUUGCUCGACAGAUGUCACAUUCUACUUCAACAGCAGAAGGACACUACGCCAUGAGGGAUACUGUUAAAGGUAUAAGAUGUUGUCUUGCUGCAGCUCUCCACUUCGAAAUAAUUCGCUGUCAAGCCUUAUAGUUAAAUAGUCCCAUCAUUUCAAUGGAACAUGCAGUAAAAAUUAUGGGACCAUUUGACUUUUCGCAUAGUAAAAUAGCCGAGAUUCAAACUAUUGUGGUAAUUCAACUGACGUUCUUACCGCUCUCACUGCUUGCACUUAAUUCUCAAAUAUUUACUGUACUUAUCAACACAUUUUCUCGUUUUCAGGUCGUGCCAAAGCAUCCAAUUUUCUUCGUCACAUUGCUCCAACAACCCCCCAAAAAGGUAAGACUUUAUUGUUUUAGAACCAAAUCACUUCAUCGUGCUGAAUUUUGGAACAAUAAAAUUAUACUAAGCUGCACUGCUAGCUUCUUCCCGAAUUUGCAAUUCGUAAUUCUUGAAAUGAUAAAAAAUAUUUAGUUCCUUGGUAGUAUAUAGUGACAUUUGCUUUUGCGAUUGCAGGGUCCCCAAAGAGAAGAAAAACACAAGGAUCAUGGAAGUAUGUUGAGAGAAGAAAAGUAUCUCCAGAAAAGCCUCUUGGGCGUGGUUUCAGAAAACGUGAGUAAUAUUUCAAACAUCAAUCAAGUUUCUCUUGUAUAAAUGUAUAACUUAAAAACUAUCCUUAAACAAGAUGUAUUGCAUUCAGUAAUGUCUAACUUAAAUUCUAAUAUAUACCAUGUGCAUUUUAUGAAAUUUUGACAGAAAUACCCACGUUUAAAGUUGAGCAACCAUUUUUAGAAGUGUCUUAAUCUAAUUUAAUUGAUAACAGUUUCAAGUAUUCGUUUUAAUGAAGUGAGAUGAAGUUGAAGUUAUCAAACAGUUAUUGGCAAAUUCGUGAGAAUUAUUUUAUAAGGUUGUUUUGAUUAAAAGUCUUACUCUAAAUAUUCAAUAUCCCUGGAGAAUCAAAUUCUAAUGUUCCAAGAAAGAAAAACGACUUUCCAAUCUCGACUAAGAACAGAGUGGUCGACCGAGAACGGCAAGAGUAGCGGAAAACAUCCAAUUGAUUUCGACAAACGCUUUCACAAAAUGUGCCGAAAGAUCUGCAUUCCCUGAUGAAUAAAUAUUUGUCUCUGAAAAACGAAUUUGUAGCACGUCAAAACAAAAGUGGUUGCUAUUUAAUAUGUUGUUUUUGUUAAUAUGUUGUUCAAUAAAAUAUAUAUAUAUAUAUAUAUUCCUAACAACAGUAAACGUUAAAAAAUGAAUAUUUUUAUUGAAACACUUCGGUCAUAUAUAUAAUAACUUGCAUAUGAUAAUAUAUAAAAUGUACUGAUAUUCAAUAGCGGUUUAGGUGGUUCGUUAGAAGUCUGGCCUAUAUUUACAUUUCUGACAGACUGACUUUCAUGAACAACUGUUUCCUAAAUAUUUUUAAACGUUAACUCUCUUCAAAUAUCCAGGCAACACUCUCCCGCCUCUUAUUAUUCUAUUAUCUAUCAUUCAUUUUAUAAAUUUUGAGAAAAUUACAUUCGUUUUCAAAUUUUCACACCUUAUAUCAGAUAUAGGAGAUUCUCAUUCACCUACUAAGUUACACCUAGUAAAAACGUCAGUUCCCAAUGGUGAAGACAUCCAACAGUUAAAAAAUAUAUUUAUAUUUUUAUUAUAUUUUAGGAUUGCAAAAGCAAAUUAGCCCGAAAAAAAGUCCAAAACCAAAGAAAAUCUUUUUCUGGCCAAAAGAAGUGAAUGCCCUCCUGAAUGCCCUCCUGAAUGCCACAAAAUCCCUUCAAAAGGAAAACCGCAAAAUUGAUGUAGAUGCCGUUUGGGACUGCGUCGAAAAGGACAAAGAAUGUCAAAAAUUAAAGAUGACACAAAAAUAUAGCAAAAUACAAUUAAGUGCUAAAGUAAAAAAGUGCGCAAAGGCAGACAAAAAGAGUAAGGAUAAAAAGUAG